AUGAAGAUCGUCUCUACGUUUAUCUCCGCUUCACUCCUUAUCGGAUCGGUAUCUGCCAUUCUUGGUGGCCAGAAGGUCCCACAGGGCACGAAGACCUACACGACUGGUCUCCGCACCACCAUCGACCCGAAGUCACCCGAUGACUUCAGUUUCUGUGGGGGUGCUCUUAUCAAUCCCACCCACGUUCUCACGACUGCAUCGUGCACCAAAAUGUCGAAGGCCAACUUCGUGUCUGUGGGCGCGCAUUACGUCAAUGGAGGCGAAGAUGGUGACGAGAUUAAGGUUGUGUCGGUGACCCCCCACCCUCACUUUAACGCGAAGACUCUCGCUAACGAUUUUGCGGUACUCAAAUUGGCCAAGCCCAGCAAGUUCAAGCCGGUGAAGCUGCCAGCUCCUGGUGGCAGUGACAUUAGGUCUGGUAUGUGGGCUUCGGCUAAGGGCUGGGGUCUCACCUCUGCUUCCAACGACGCCAUGGCUUCCGAGGAGCUGCUCAGUCUAAGCCAGCAAGUGAUCAGCAAUGACGCAUGUCGUAAAGCUCUCAAGUCCACCACGAUUGAUAUGUCGCAGGUGUGCGCUGGUGGCGAGCAGGGAAAGUCUCCGUGCCAGGGCGAUACUGGUGGACCUUUCAUCAAGAAGGGUGCCAAAGGUGAUGGCGAUGACGUGCUUAUUGGUCUGGUCAGCGGUGGCCAAGGUUGCCGCGUUAAGGGAUCUCCUGCCAUUUACUCACGUGUGUCGUCGGCGCUGCCCUGGAUCAACUCUGUCGCCACGAAGUAA